GAUGGUAUAACAAAAUUAUGGUGCAAUAAUGUCUCGUAUUUGAAGCAAAAACAGCGAAAAAUUUGUCGAGAUUUUCAAAGUAGUAUGGUGGCGAUAAUUUCUGCGGCGAAAUUGACGAUCAAAGAAUGUCAAAAUCAGCUUCGCCAGCGAAACUGGGAUUGUUCCUUGUCAAAAAUGAAGAAAUUAUUCAGAUUCAAACCGAAAAAAGGUAGUCGCGAGUCGGCGUUCUUACACGCACUUAGUUCAGCGGCUGUCGUGUAUACAUCAACAAAACAUUGCAGUAAUGGAGACAUUGAUGGGUGCAAAUGUGACAAAAGUUGGAACAAAAUUGCCCCGAAAAGUGAUGCGUUCCAAUGGUCUGACUGUUCGGACAAUGUUGAUUGGGGAAUAUACUUCUCAAGAGCAUUUCUUAAUUCUGGGGAGUUAUCUUUGAAAUCAGAGGAACCUAAUGGACGCAAUCGUUCUAAGUCUGCGAAAUUAACUCGGCGUUUUCAAAAUAAAGUUUUUACAAACCUACACAAUAACAAAGUAGGAAGAAUUGUUUUGAAGAGCAAUAUGCAGCACCGAUGUGCAUGCCAUGGAGCGACAGGAGGUUGCGAAUUGACAACUUGUUGGAGAAGUUUGCCUGCCUUUUCACACGUUGCGGGGAUAUUAAGACAAAAGUAUGACACCGCAAAAUGGGUGAAGAUCCGACGCAAAAGAGAGUUCCACUGGCUUGUUCCGUCUGACAAUUCACACAAUGUUAUAAAAGACACAGAUCUCUUAUAUUUCAAGCAUACCACUAAACUGUGUGCCACUAAGGGUCGCGAAUGCCGGCCACACACAAUUGGUUUUGGAUCAUGUGAAAAUCUAUGCUGUGGUAGAGGAUUCGAAAUCAAGGCAUUAAAUAUAGCAAACAAAUGCGGAUGCAAGUUUUACUAUUGCUGCAAAGUUAUCUGUGAUACCUGCAAUCAAACAUUAACUUCAAAUGUCUGCAAGUGA